UGCUUGCUGCGUUUGAAAAUGCCAGACUUGGUUUAACUAAUAUUGCCAGCUGUGUGCCACUCUGCCGUACUCACCUCGUGCCAUUCACAUCCCGGCACAGAACCAUGUUCGACUAUCGGCCACCAGCCAACUGCCACAGUUAUUGCAUCGAGUGCAGCGCGGAGAGGAACUCUUUGCGCACUCCAUUUGUGAUAUCGUUUGGAGUGAUCUAUGCCCAACAUGGUGCACUGCGGUUAGAAGGAUGUUUGGAACCACAGUUUCCUACUUCAUACGCUGUGUGUGUCGCCAAUAUCGCCAGCGUGCGCAUCGCAGCUUCUAGUAAUCAAUUCACAUUGUUGGGUGAUACAAGUAACGGUGUACAAGUCUCUGUCCUCACAACGCCUGCUCUUCAACCUAUCUUCACCUCUUCCGUUUCGGUGCGCCGUUUGCCCUCCGCGGAUUCUGCAGGGGAUUGUGCCUGCGGUCCUUGGUUCACUGAUUGGAUUUAGGGUGAUUGCAGAUACCGGAAUACACGGCAGUAAGUGCAUUAACAGUUCGUCGAAAGGACUUCGAAUUUUUUCAUUUUUUAGUUAUGACAUCGGAGUACUCUGAAAUUGAUUCAGUAUUUAUUUCUGAAGAGAGCGGCCCUGAGAGUCUUGGCAGUCCUGAGGUUCAAAAGAAACCCAGCUGUGCUUGCAGUGCAAGUCCCAUAAAAAGUCCUGUAACGUCUGCCGAGUUUGGAAACUACUUGGAGAAGGAGAUUGUUCAGGGGAGUCGAUCAUUCCAUGGAACAGACACUGAAGCGGCUCACGAAGAGGGUAUUUAUGAGGCUGAUAUGACGGUCAAAGUGGUCCAGGCGCUUUCUGAACACUCCAAUGAUGGAACUUGCCUAAAAGUAGGUCAUUGCUCACCGAUACUGCGCAUUGACGACCCUGCAUGUGAUGCGUCACAGAUCCGUGAGACUGCUGUCUCUGCAAACAAUGAGCCGGGCUAUGUUAUGGAGGUUAAUCGGGCCUGCAUUUCGCCACCGAAAUGCGAGGAACGGUUUGCGCGAACCUCAAAUUGUGAGGAGGAAGUAAAUUUUGGAAAAGUAGAAUCUCCUGAAGUUGCGUAUGUUCCAUCACAGUCUUCAGGAACAGGAUCUUCAGCUGAGGGACUUGACAGGGCUGCGAACUUUAACAAUCCUUCAUCCGAUCUUGGCAUUCUCAAAGAUCGAGGGAUGCAAGUGGAGGAGACGAAUAGGUUUCUCAAAGACCGCAAAUUGUCAAGGAAGCCAUCGUCCAACCCAGCCAGAUCUUUGGUGGAGCAGCUGAAGAAGAUCGACCUCAGCUUGGAUGGAGGGACACUCAAAGUUUGCGACCGCAACCUUAGCGAAUAUGCUUUAGCGACAAUUGUGAAUGCUGUCAAGAAUAAUGACAAGCUCGCGGAGCUCGACUUAAGUGGAUGCUGUAUCCAAAAGGGAGAUGCCCUUGCCGAGCUUGUUCGGAAUUCUCCUUCGCUACAAAGGCUGCUUUUGGCGUGGAACUCCCUGGGUUCGGCUCGCACUGGCAUUGCAGCUCUUGCGUUUGCUGUCGCGUCAGCCCCUUCACUCCGAGAGCUGGAUCUACGGAGCAACCGAAUUGGACCGGCCACUGCCGCGGCUUUGGCGCUUGCACUUCGUUCGAACAACACCCUGAAACGCAUUGAUUUAACGUACAAUGAAGUGGGUACAAGUGGUGCAACAGCUCUUUUAGGCAUGCUUGAGAAGAAUCAUUUUCUCACCGAAUUGAAAUUGGCUGGAAACAACAUACCUUGUCAGCUUCUGGGACAAAUAGAUAGCUUGCUUCAGAAAAAUCGUGCCAGACACUCGAUGACGGAGGAUUGCGAUGAUCUUGCGGUCACACCAGAGAUUUGCGGAGAUGCAGGCUCGAGAGUUUCUGAUUUGAGAACCGCACGCCAUAGUCAAUCUCAAUGUUGGAUUUCAACUUUUCCUGAAGCAAAAUCGGCAAAACGAGCCUCAUCGACCAGAAUAUCGGGAAGAUCAACCGCUCAAAAUUCCAACAAGAUCAUUCAGGAUGAGUUAGAAAUGCUUCGCAAAAUCCUUGGUGAUGCGAAGGCAGAGUGCGAUGAUUUGUAUAAGCAAAAAUGCGAUACAGUUUGUCAACUUGAGGCCUCUCGAGAGGAGCUAGAUAAGGAGAUCAAGCGUCGAGGAAAAGUUCAACGUGAAACUGAGGAACUGAAAACGGAAAUUGCAAAAUUGAAACAGGAAAUAGGUUUUCUCCAAGACAAGUUGCAUUGCAAUGCCUGUGAGACUUACAAGAAAAUAGAUAUUCUUGAAAAAGAAAUUACGAACAGAAAGGAGAGCGAAAGAGUAGCCCAAGAACGAGAAGCAGAAGGCUUGAAGGAGAUUCAGCAUUUAACGGAUCAGUUAACGACAUUGCAAGAGGACAGCAUUAAACGUAUACACGCCAUGGAAGCAAAAUAUAAGAGCGAGGCUAAGCACAACGCUGUCCUAAUAAAUAAGCUGGAAUCUUCUAUUUCUCAACGCGAUCUAAAGCAACUUGAGGAGAUCGAGGCGGUCAGGUCCCAAUCAGAAGUUGAAAUUGACUCACUCAAAUCUAUUAGGGAUGACCUGAUUAUGGAAGUUGAAAAGCAGAAGGGCAACACUAAGCUUUGCGAGCAGCAACUAGUAAUCCAUAAGCAGGUCCUACAACAAGAAAAGGAGGCUAUUGAGCAAGAGCUGAAACUUCAAAUUAAAAUCCACGUGGUGAAAAUAGAAUGCCUUGAGAAUCAAUUGGAGGAGAAGGACAAGGAGAAUGCGAAAAUAAAGCAGAAACAUGGAGAACAUGUACAAGCCUUGGAGGAUGAUUUAAGGAAAGAAAGGGCAUCAGUAACAAGAGCUGGACUCAUUAAAUCUGAUGCCGAACAAAAAAUUGCUACAAUGGAAGCUGACAUGGAACUAUGGAAGGAGAAAUACAAGGCAGAGCAGGAGGGAGCAAUGUUUCUUGAAGAAAAAAUUCGAGCAGAUGAGCUUAAGUUUUAUUCUUGUGUGACAGCUUUAUGCAGCAAAAACGCAGAAGAGCAAGAAAUGAUGAAAGGAGAUUUAUGCCUACAACGAAAGAAGAUAGAAACUAUGCACAUGCAACACAAAGAGAUGCAAGCAGAACACGAUAGAAGGAUGAAAGACGUUGAAAUUCAAUUAAGAGGGACAGAAACAGCGGUAGUGGAAUGGGUUCAGCAACAAUUUUCCGCCCUCCUCGUAGCUUUAAGCUUCCAUGCUUCUCUUCCAGCCAUAAAGAACGGAUCUGUGUGGAAGUCUCACUUCAAUCGGGGCAUGGCCAUAGAGGGAUCGGACGGAGCUGAACCAAGACAGACUCGUAGUGCAUGCAUGUCUGAGAAUCAGGCAAGCUCUCCUUUGUCUCCAAGAAAAUCCCAAACUUGCCAACCAACAGAUGCAACAUCUACAGAUUUGCCUCCCAUGGCUUCACAAUCGAACCUAUUAAUGGCGAGAUUAAACCCUGCUCCAGUUGUCACCAAACCAGUCUCUCCAUCGAGCCAAUCAAAUACAAAAGCCAACCCUCCAGCCUCAGGAUUUCCCUCAACAACCCAACUGAUGACAGACAAAGGUCCUCGCCCGGGUCUUGCAAGUUCUAGAAGCAGUCGAAUGCUAGUCGACUAUACCUGCUCAGCACCGUCUUUGAGCGUGAUAAGUUUGGUCCAGCCCGUCCUGUAUGAAGAAGUUGGAACAGUUGAAGAGGAUCUGGUGUCCAGCGAUAGAGAAAGCGUCAACUCCGAUGAGAUGUGAUUCAGCCUUUUAUCGAGCUAACCUGAUAUUUAAAGGACCAUAUUGGUAAAAAAAAACGAACAGGUCCUAUGCAUCCCCUAUGCAGUCAGGCGGACCUGCUCCUUUUGCUCUCUUAUGGAGAGUCAGGAUUCUCAGACAAUAUCACUGAAUCCUUCAAAACCACAGAUGAGACCGUUCACAAACUAUUCACGCAAUUGAAUCGGCACACAGAGAGAUCAAUCUCAUGAACAUCAGACACUCAAGCUGGCUUAAGGGGCUUGUAUGGGCAGCAGAAUCUCACCACAUGAGAGCAAUCCAUGGCUGUAGCUGGAGCAAUAUUGAGAGUGAUCUAGCAUUGUCUCCCACAAGGAAAUACACAGUGACAUCGGCUUCGUUCGUCAGGUCCACCGUGAACGCUUCUAUUGAGAUUUCAAGCAGUUCAUUUCUCACAGCCACUGGUCUCUGUGCAAACGCUAACAAAGGUAAGUCAAGAUCCUCCCUGCACAGACUCCCUUUGGCAGCUGAUAAAACAGAACAUCAAACAUCAAAGACGGCAUUUUAGCGCUUUGAUACAUGAUUAUGUAUAGUUACUUAAGCACCUUGUGCUAACCUUUCAAAUACACAUGUUCGGGAUUUCUUGUUAUGCUAUCGUCCUUCUCAACUUCCGAUUUCAUGGAGGAAGUUUUAGUGGUUUUUGCCUCUAGUGAAGGCUUUCUCCAGGGACCCAAUUCACGAUAGAAAAGAUUCAUCUGUCGGUCUAAGAAUACAAAAAGUUUGAUCCAC